UGGUUCUCCUUUAGGCCAUCUUGCGUAAUAAACUUGCUUUCACUUUGGCUGUAGACCAAAACUUGAAAGUCAUCAUGUGCUCCUUAGCUGUUCGUUCUUCACGAGCGAUACUUCGGGGGAAUUUUAUAAAACUUUUUCAGAGAUCUCUCUCUACUACCAGUAUGAAUUUAUUCAAGAAAAGUGACACAUUUACAGAUAAAGGGGGAUAUUCUGCUAAAACAGAUGAAAUUCGUCAGAAAAACUUUGAGGAAAUCAAAGCAGAGAUGGAUUCAAACUCGGGAGUUGCAUUUAUUUCCUUUAUGUUUUGUGUUCUUGUGUAUUUUCUCUACAUGUCCCUUAAAAGCGAAAAUGACAGUGACAUUAAAUCAAAUUUGCGAUUGUUAAAACUUGACGAAAAAAUGUGCGUAAAAGCCAUUGCUCAAAUUCUUGAAACUGGAACAUACAAAGACACUUUGUUUUAUCAGAAGAAAUUGGUAGACAUACAAAAAGAAAUAAAAGAAAAUGAAGACAAAUUGGAAGGAUUGGAAUGAUUUUUUUUUAUGAAGGAAUAAAGUUUAUAAUGAAUGUA